GUUUGAUUCACAUGAAUUCAGCCCAGUCCAAGCCCGUUUUCCGCGGUGAAAAUACAAUUCUCGGGGGGCUUGUACGGUAUCAAUAUUCAGUCUACUCUCCCCAUGGGCUUCCACUAAAAUUCAUUUGUCGGUGGGGCGAAAUCGUGCCAGAAAAAAUAAUACAAAAAUAAGGCGCAGCUGACGCGAUUUUGCUUGCCAUAACGGUAUACACAAAGUGACACACUCGAUUAAAUCGGCGAUCCCAUUCAUUAUUCGAUAAACGUCGGCAUAACACGUGACUAUAAUUCCUUUAAAAAUAUUUUUCCUAUUUAAACAAAAAGAAACACGAAAGGUCCGCGCCCCAUUUCAAACCCAGGCUGGCUUUGACUUUGAACAAGUGAAAGUGACCGGACUACCGCAACCCCGUGACUCCUCCCACUCAACAGAUCACAGCCCCUGUCGUCGGGUCCGGCCGGUGUCGAGCAAACCAAAAUGAGCCUAAGUACCCUACUGGAGGCGGCCAAGUUUCUGGAGAUGCAGGAGGAGGAACAGAGGCAACAGCACAUGGCCUCCACAAUGGAGGUGGAGUCGCCACCAAGUGGUUUGGUCACCAUUCGACCAGUUAAUGGGGCUGGUGGGGCGCAACCUGUACAGAAUGGGACAAGCGGAAACUUAACCCAAACUUUUACACUGCAGCCGGUUAAGAUCCUAAAUGCAACAUCAAACAAUGUAACUGCAACAACUAUCGGAAACGUGCAAGGCCAACAACCACAAACCACUCAGGCAGUUCCCGUUGUUAUCUCUAGUAACAACAUCUCUUCUACUUUUUUACAAGGUCCAGUUUCUUUUGCAACAGCCAGUCCAACAAUAAACAGUCCCCAAAAUGGCACAUCCAUUAAUAAUAACGCGAGUCCGCCCCAUUCGAAGAAAGAACAAGACGGUCAUAUUUCGAGUACCACGGUGACGCAAGGGGGGCAAAGGUAUAGGAUCAUGCAGAAUUCGUUUGACAUUAUGAAUCCGUUAAUUAUUGACGAAAGUGGUACCACGGAUAAAAAAAUUAAGCAGCCACCGAUGGUUUUUAGAUCUGGUACAAGAGAAGUUCAUAACAAACUUGAAAAGCAUCGGCGGGCGCACCUGAAAGAAUGUUUCGACAUACUGAAAAAGCAGUUACCAUCAAACGGCGAAGAGAAAAAAACGUCUAAUUUAAGUAUUCUACAUUCAGCAUUAAAGUAUAUUCAAUCACUGAAAAAACGGGAACGAGAAUACGAACACGAGAUGGAGCGGCUGGCCCGUGAAAAAAUCCAUUUUCAGCAAAGACUGGCGUCGUUACGGAAAGAUUCCCAUUUUGAUAAUGAUUUUUCCCGGCUCAUUCCCGAGAUUCCUUCUAGCACCACAAGUAUUACCCAAAACGGAAAAAACGAGAUCAGUCCGAGUCACCCUUCACAAAGUCCAAACACCCGAAUAGUCAGUCCUACGUACACCGUCGAGCAAAUCAAAGGAACUUCGAAAAGCGUCAAAGUGGAGGAUUGCUACAGCGACUACGUCGAGGACCGAGGCGUCGUCGCGACGCCAUUAAACAACGUCGUCAGUGUCGGUAGCAUCGUGACUGUCGCGAGCUCGCACUCAGCGGCCGCAACAGUGUCGAGCUCGGGUUUAAAGACCGAGGCCAGUUCCAGUCCUGUGAUAAAUCAGACCAACUCUGUGAUAACUACCACGAACGGGGAGAGCAAGAUUUCGGCCAUUCCUAUUUUGAGCAAGACCCAUUUGCCUAUUGUUACUACUGCUGCGCAGGUACCGGUUACCAAUGGGAAAGAGGUGGCUCAGUCAGUACAAACCACCGGCAUCUCAGUCCUGCCUAUGCCUUACCCCGUAAACCCUGGCCUAGUGCUACAAAAGGUGGCCAUAGUGCCACACAAAGGGUUGACAACGGACUUGGCACCUUUGAUGCCCACCCAUUUUAUAACGACCCCACAGCAAUUAAGUGGAAUCAACGGUCAAAUCAACGGAAAAGUUGUGCCUUUAACUCAGUACAUAGUGAAGCCGAUGGUUGUUGUGAGUACUGCCAGUCCCCGUCCUGGGAGCUAGCUAGAUAACACUAUCUAGCUAACAUGUGUGGUUAAGUGAAACUUACGCCGAUUUUAAGAAAAAAAAAGUUUUAUUGUUUAUAAAUUAUGCUAUAGUAUGAUUUAAUGAAAGAAAAUGUAUGCGGUAAAGUUUGACCAAGAAGCUAGACAAUCCUAAAAAUUAUCCAUUAUUUGCGUCUCUUAUAAAAAUUCUUUUUUAUGUUCUAGUCACAAAAAUGAUUGAUCCAUUUUUGACCCAUUGUAUUUCACUAACCAUACAUUUUCUUUCCCAAAAUAUUAAUUUAAAAAUUUGGGAUCAGAAAGAAGCAAACAGAAGAAAAAAGUGAUAUAUUAUUACUAAAAGAAAUUAUUUAUCGAAAAGACUUAUUUAUUUAUUUUCGUUUAUAAAAUGUUUAUUUAUUUUUGAAGAAAUCCAAUUUCUUCUCGUUUAUCUUAUUUAUUACUUUUUUUGCGAAAUUUUAGGGCUAUAAUCGAAAUGCUAAAGUAGAUUUUUUUCCAAAAUUUCUCAAAAAAUCAAAAACAAUCGAAAAUGAUGGACUGCUAAGAAUGAUAAAAUCAAAAAAUUCAAAAUUUAUUGUAAAUAUUCAAUAUACUGUUUUUUUCAUGAAACAAAUAUAGAUUUAUAAGUUGUUCAUUUUUAGUUUUUGUCCAUUUAACACUUUUUUUUCUUUUUACAGAAGUAUUUCUCCCACAAAAAAAAAUAAAAUCAAAAUAUUGCACGCAGGAUUUAUUUUGUAAACAAAACAAUAUUUAUGUUCAUUAUUAUAGUAUAUGUAUUUCGUGAGUAUUCCUUAAUGCAUUGAUAGAUCUCUUUUAUUUUAUUGUUAAAUCAUUUUUAUAGGGUGGUUGCAAUAGUGUUUAUCUCUCUUCAUAGGGACAUUAUGAAUUCAUCUCUUUUUUUUCGGUAGUAAAAAAUCAAUCGCUAAAUAAUCAAUUAUUGAAACAUAAACCACACUAUAUAAAUGUUGUAUAGGGCUGUGCCGACAAUGUCCGUGUUUGAUACUUUAAACAUAAACAUCAAUAUUAUAGUAGUAAAUAUUUCUUAGAGAUCUUCUCCAAAGUAUCAAAACUCCAUUGUCAAAAUGCCGAAUAUCCAAAAAUCCAUUUUAGUUAUAAGAAAUAAAUGUUUUAUUUUCGUUAGAAGCGUUUUAAUGUGUUGGUAUAAGAGAAACAUAGACACAUCACGAAACGUCAAACCUGAAUUCCAUAAAUGUGAUCCGUCAUUACUCUUCUAUUCCGUCUUAUAAAGCAAAUUUUAUUAAAAGAUAUAUGUUCAAUUUUGAGACUCGUCGCGUGUCUACUUUUCUUUUUUUAUAUCGUCAAAUAUGGACUGGUAUGUUGUUAUGUGCGAGUAUGAAAGUAAAGAACUAUAUUGUAAAUAAAUAGUCUAGUUGUCACACUGUACAUAGAUCACACAUUGUUGUAUAUAAAAAUUUUCCAAAAAAAAUGUACAAAUAACUUAAAGCCGUAGAAGAGUUAUAAUUGUAAAUAUAUUUUAAAAUCUCAGUUAUAUUGAGGAAAAUGUACUAUUUAAUGCAAAUAGAGGAUUCGAAAACUUGA